AUGGAUGGCUCAUACAAUAAUGACCAUCGAGUUUAUAAUCAAUUAAGUCCACUUGAAAGUUCCAAUACCGUAAAUGCUAUUUUCUCGCAAAUAAAUCAAUUGAAUAACCACUUUACUAAUUAUCAGAUAAGUAACAAUAAAAAAAUUGAAUCCAUUAAUCAGAAGGUAAAUUUGCAAUUCAAUGCAAUUAAUGAAACACUAAAUGGCUUAUCAAAACAGGUGAAUGUCUUAAGUAGGAAAAUAUCUAUGCCUACUAAAGAUAGCACCCCUAGAAAUGAUGAUAAAGUAUUGGAAAUAUUCAACAAGCAUAUCAAUAAAUUAAGUAACGAUAUCCAAGAACUUAGUUCAUCGUUAUAUACGGGUAAUGAUAAUUUAAAUCGGCAAUUGGGUCUGGAGAAAGACACCGUUCUGGUGGGUAGAGACCUUAUACAAAAUGGAGAUGUCGGACAAAAAAAUAAUUAUAACUACAGACAUGCGGAAUCGCCAGAGAUUAUGGCUGUAGAUAUGGAUAUAGAUAAUAGAAAUAGAUCGUGGCCGAAGUCAUUGAGCCUUAGGUCGCCUGCACCACAACCUAAUUCAGCCCCAUCAUCACCAUUUACAAACAGGUACAUUGAUUUCCCGGCUCUAUUAGAGAGGAAUACGACGAUUGGAAAUGAUAUUAAUUAUGGUAAUCAGAAUGGUAUUAUUGAAAAUCCAGAACUUCGAUUAGAGGAGGUACAACGUAUAAAUACCAAUAAAGGGGAAACAGGUAAAAAGAAAUCGAAAACCAAUAUUCUGGAAACUGAAGCCAGCGGUUCCCAGCCAUAUAUAUAUUCAUUAAUGAACUCACGACAGCAGAUCAGUUUGCAAGGAACGAAAGCAUUUCAAUCGUCUGCAAAACGACCCAGUCCUAAAAACAACAGUGAAAAUCUCACGCAAUAUCUACAAGGGCAAAUUCUUAAACUGCCCGAAUACCAAGAUUUGGAUAACCAUAACCAAAUACAUCGUACAUCAAUAAUGUCGAAUCAAAGCCGAACCCUGGAAAUUGGUCCAGAUACAGACGUAACACCAAAGUCUUUUGGACAGGUGCCAAAUAUAGCUACGGAAAAAAGGGAAAAUUUAGAAUUAAACACAGUAAAAGAAGCACCGAAUACGACAAUGGAAAAGCCACAUAAACAAUCUAAGUCUAAUAUACCGGGUGUUACGCUAUUGAAGGGCAAGAAACUCUCAACUACCCCCCAGUAUAAAUUGGAAAAAAGUUUACGGAAUGUUUUCGAAAUAUGGAAAGAAUACGAAUAUGGAAUUAAUGGAAAACCUCCUUUAAGACAACUAGAGGCACAGUAUAAUACUAAAUGGAGGAAUGAAACAGAACUGAGAACGUUCUUAAGGCGUAAGAAAAUUUAUGAUGCAAUUGAAAAGGGCAAAAAAGUGGGUUACCAUGAAAGGCAAAUUAUAGAGGAGCUCGAGCUUUUAAGGACCUACGAUAGCUUUGGAGUUGUGAAAAAGAAGCCUUUGCUGUGGCUAUAUUCUAAUAUUCCUCGUAAGUUUUGCUAA